AUGACAGCAUCUCGAAAGCGCUCCACCCCCGGUGAUCCCGUAGCAGCGGCAGCGCCUAGUCGACGGCGAUCUGGGCGCAUAUCCACGACGUCCAAGGUGAGUAGAUACUUCGAGGCGUCUGAUCCCGAAGAGCCGGCACCAAAGAAGACGAAGAGAGGUGGACGCUCCUCAAGGAAGGUCCAGGAGGAGAUUGGGACACCAGAGGACGAGCAUCGCGAGGAGCAGGACGGCAACGAGGAGGAUGACGAGGAGGAGGUGGAUGAAGACGCGCCCAUGAAGACGAUCAUCAUCCCUCUCGUGAAGUUGCGAGACACGGGCGGUGUAGAGUAUACGGACGACCGGAUACACGACAACACCCUCCUCUUUCUACGCGACCUCAAGGCCAACAAUGACAGGGAAUGGCUUAAAUGUAUCAUCUUUCCUCUCUCCCUCUCUCCCUCUCCCCCCCCCCCCUUUCUCUCUCUCCUUGUGUGCGACGAAAUGACUAACGAAGGGGGAGAAAAAAAAACAGCUCAUGAUGAAGAGUAUAGAAGGGCACUCAAGGAUUGGGAAUCCUUUGUCGAGGUCACCACUCAGACGGUGAUUGACGUGGACGAGACGGUCCCCGAGUUGCCGGUCAAGGACGUAAUCUUUCGUAUCCAUCGGGAUAUACGCUUCAGUAAAAAUCCAACACCUUACAAGCCACACUUUUCAGCCGCCUGGUCCCGAACAGGCCGCAAAGGCCCCUACGCAUGCUACUAUAUCCACUGCGAACCCGGCGGCUCGACUUUCAUCGCCGGGGGGCUGUGGUGUCCCGAGAGGGAGCACCUGGUCCGUCUGCGCGAGCACGUGGACCGGCACCCCAGACGGUGGCGACGGGCCCUGUCCCACCCGGAUUUCCGCCGCGUCUUCUUCCCCCAUCUUCCCGUCGGCGACGACGAAGACGACGGCCGUGCGCUGGUUGACGGCCUCGUCGAGAAGAACAAGGGGCAUUGCCUCAAGAAGGCCCCGAAGGGCUACGAUCCUGUUCAUAGGGACAUCAAGCUCCUCCGGCUCAAGAGCUUCUUCGUGGAGACGCCGGUGGAUGAGUCCGUCUUGUGCCGAGAUGAUGCGCAGAGUAAGAUUGCGGAUAUCGUGAGGGGGCUUUUCCCGUUUGUGAGUGUACUGAAAUAA